GCCUAUAACUCGGCUUUGCUUUUCGUUGUCGCUGUGUGUCACUAACAAUCUGCCAUUCUUACUGCGGGCUUCAUAGAGUCGUAAAGAUGGUGUGGUUUCAGUGCGAGGACUGUGGAGACAACCUCAAGAAACCCAAGUUGCCGAAUCACUUCAGAACAUGUUCCGCUACCAAGUUGUCUUGCAUCGAUUGUGGACAAAUGUUUGGACAGGAAAGCGUUCAAGGCCAUACUCAAUGUAUUACAGAAGCGGAAAAAUAUGGUCCAAAGGGGCAAGGGGCAGCUAUGAACGUCACUACCCCUAAGUCCAACAAGGAUUCAAAACAGCAACCUGAUUUUGAUAUUCUCGUUGGAUUGUCUGAACGCCCACCUUGGUUCUGCAGCCUUUGCAAUACGAAGGCAACUAGUAAACAGACUUUGCUGCUUCAUGCAGAAGGAAAGAAGCAUAAGGCAAAAGCCCGUGGAUUUCAUGCAGUGAAAAAACAAUCUAAUCAGACUGAGGUGACUGUCCCAGAUAUAGAACCUACAUUGGAAGACACUCCCAAAGGUAAAGUAACCGAAAAUGGACAUGUUGGGGCAGAAAAACUGCAAGAUCAGCUUGAAGCUAAAAACUUGGAAGCACAGAAUGGGACUUCACAUACGAAGAAAAAGCGGAAACGUGAUGUUGGGGAGGAUGGUUCAACAGAAAACACUAGAGAAGAUGACCCAAGUAGAGGUAAUGGGGAGGUUAUUCAGGGUGAAAGAACAUCACCAACUGAAGCUGAGAUUGAGCCAAUGAAAAAGAAGAUCAAGUGGAAAAAGCUGAUAACAUCGAUUCUUAAAUCUAAUCCUGAUGGUGUUCUCAAGUUGUCGAAACUGAGAAAACUUGCUCUCAAAUCUGUUCGUGAAUCUGGCGUCACAGAAGAUGAAACCAAACUCAUCGAGAUGCUCGAGGAAAAGAUCAACUCGAGCUCAAAAUUUGCCGUUGAGAAGAAACAUGUUCGGCUAACAGCUAAAGCUUGAAACACCAUUUAAUAUUCAUUUUUGCGGCACUUGCUUGCCUAUUUGUGUCUAGUGAGUUUUAGACGAUCACAUGUUCGAUUAAUCGUGGAGGUGAGAGUUAAUGAAAUAUUUCAGUGGGUUAGGGUACGAUCUGCUCCAUUCAUAGGAUAAGAAAUUUUGAAAAGAAACAUUUGGUACUAUUAUUGUUGUGUCAAAAGUAAAUUUAUUUCUUUACGUUAGGUUGCAAUACAAUCCUGAAAAGAAAGAAGCAGAGACAGUGGAUAUUUAAUCUUCUUGUAUAAUUCCCUUACGUAGAAUGACAAUGGCGAUGACGAUCACAUUCCUCAUUUUUUGUAA